AUGGUGGUUCUGAAUCCUAACAACUGGCACUGGGUCGACAAGAACACAUUGCCAUGGACCCAAACCUACAUGCAAGAGCUAAAGAUCUCUUGUGAUGCCAAAGACGGCGCAACCACAGUACGUGUUACCAGAGUCAAUUCUGUUUCAGGCGAUUCGCACGUCUCGCAGCGCAAGGGUAAAGUCAUUUGUUACUUCGACCUCGACCUCUCGUUUGCUACAGAGGUUGUGGAAGCCGAAUCAGGGAAUAGCGUCUGCGAAGGCAAGAUCGUGGUUCCAGAGCUUGUUCAUGAUGAAACGGAUUUCGAAAUCCGCCCUGAAGGAUUUGGUGAUCACCAUGCGUUAGUCAGAGAUGAGUUCGUUCCUCUGUUGCGCGAAGCUCUCUGCAAGUAUCAGCAAGACCUCAUAGAUCACCACUCCAGGGAUGUGCAACAGUCGUGA